UGUGUAUCUACUCAGACUGUCUCCACUGAUCUAUAAGAUUAAUGAAAUACAAGCUAGGAUGGAAAUGGCUUGGGGUUGAGGUAUGCUUGAAAAGCAACCAUCUGCACUUCACUCGUGGACGCAGCCAUGUUUGUUCACUUCUAAACAAGAAACACGUGAGAGACAGAAAGGCAUGUCCAAUCGCUCGACGAGGGAAGUCACGAUAGGCUGAGCAUCGAAGUCAUCGAUGGGACAUCGCGGGACAAGAGCAGAAAACCAGCAAUGAUUGUCCUCAUUUCCAAGCUUCAACUGAGGUGUGUCGGACUUUUUAAGAGAAAGGAGCUUAUUGUUGGUUAAAACCACGGCAGUCUACGGCUCCAGCUGAAUCCAAGGAAGCGCACGGAGAUCCAGAGGAUUGACAGCUGACAUUAUAUUCGAACAGACCCGGGAUCCGCUCCCGAUUGACUCCAAAGGUGAAGGAGCCAGUUUCAAAGCCUGGAAUAUAAGAAUCGAUGAGACGCGCAGGACGCAGGACGAAAUAAUCCAUAGACCAUCAAAAUGUUCAAACGGGGGUGUGGGCUGGAGUUCCUACUGGUUCUCUGUGGACUCAAGUUUUCCUGGUCCUGCCCCCGUCACUGCAUAUGCUACACUGCACCCAGUACUGUCUCAUGCCAGGCCCACAAUUUCCUGUCGAUCCCUGACGGUAUCCCCCCGAACAGCGAGCGCAUUUUCUUGCAGAACAACAAGAUCCAUCGCUUACUUCGGGGGCACUUCAGUCCAAACACAGUAACUCUGUGGAUCUACUCUAACAACAUCACGUACAUAGAGCCAUCCACCUUCCAUGGCUUCACAUUGCUGGAAGAGCUGGACCUUGGAGACAACCGCCACCUGCGCUCUUUGCCUGAAGACACCUUUCACGGGCUGAAUCGGCUAAAUGCGCUUCACCUGUACCGCUGUGGUCUCAGUACACUUCCAAACAAUAUCUUCAAAGGCCUCCGAAAUCUACAGUACCUUCACUUGCAGGAUAAUCACCUGAAGUACCUGCAGGAUGACACAUUUAUGGAUCUCCACAACCUAAGCCACCUAUUCCUGCAUGGAAACCGUCUGUGGAGCCUCAACCAGAACACCUUCAGAGGACUUCGAGCCUUGGACCGUUUGCUUCUGCACAAAAAUCAGAUCGAAUGGGUUGACCGUUUGGCCUUUCAUGAUCUGAAACGCCUCACUACCCUCUACUUAUUCAACAACACCCUGGUAGAGUUGUCUGGACAGUGCCUGGACAUGCUUCCUGCCUUGGAAUACUUGCGCCUCAAUGACAACCCCUGGUCAUGUGACUGUAAAUCUCUUUCGCUCUGGGAAUGGUUGAAAAGUUUCAGAGGUUCGACUUCUUCUGUGGGUUGCCAGGCCCCAGUCAAUAUGGUUGGGAAAGACCUGAAAGAGCUGCAUGAGGAGGAUUUCUCCAGCUGUUCUUCAACGGUUUCUGAGUCCAGAUCUCAGACUAACAAUCUAUCUGGCACGGUAAAUCCAUCCAUGAAUCGUGGAGUUGCAUUGGGCUCUGGAGAUCAGACCCACAUUGUGGAUCCCUCAAGGCCUGGGCCUCCUAAAAACUGCACAAAGCCUCGUAACAAAGUGAGCAAGAAGAAGGGUGACAAUGAGGUUCACCACUCAAAGGAGGUCAUAUCAGACAAGGAGGAUUCCUCCCUUGAUUUCACAGAGGGGGGAAAACUAGACCACACAUCCCCAGACGGCACAGUCACACGGAGAAAGCACAAGUGCUCUCCUCGGACCACUGUUCGCCCCCCCAGUGGGGUUCAACAAGCCAACAAUAAGGCCCCCUCAUCCAAGACUUCACUACAUAUCCAAACCCUCUUUGUGGCCUUGAUAGUGACAAAUAUCGAUCAUAUUCUCCGCUGACCUUCAGAGGGUUUAACAAAUCAAACAAACAAAAAAAAGCAAAGCACAGCCCUCAGACCUUUCUCUUGCUCCUGCACUACAAGGCCUGUGUCUUUUAUGUAUGUGUGUGAAUGUGAUUAUAUGUAAAUGUUGUAGGGAGCUUUAUUGUUCAAACUGAAGACGAUAUCAAAGCAUCAAUCAUCUAUAAGGGAAGAAUUCAGAGCAGAAAAAUCUGACAGAAAAUAAUAGAAAGUGAAUGCAACUAAGCUUGCACUGCCAAUGCCAGUAUGAUUUCGUCACCAUACAUCUUGUUGUUUUAUUUUUUGUUGCAUUUUUUACUCAUUUGGGGCUCAGAUAACGAAAAUUCAAUAAAAAGAAGGCAAGGAUAAGAGACAAAAGACAAAUCAAGCUAAAACCUGUUAGCUAAGUGGCUCCGAAUGUUGUUAAAUAGUCCACUGAGCUUUUUGGUUUUGUUUUUAAAAUGGCUUUCUGUUUUAAUUUUUAUAACGGCUACUAGUUUUUUAGGUGUUGGAAAAAUAGCAGAUUGUCAGUCAAUAUCAAACUUAAGGAUUUGAAGUAAAAACCCAUUGCCUUUUGAUUUUAUUGGUGAUAAAGGGAACUCACACAGAGUACAAAGCUGUAGCAGACUUGUUACUUUUUUCAGUUAAUCUACCUUCUGCCUGCACAGUAUUUUUGCAAAUAAUUCUCUCCUAUCUUCAUGAGCAUCUCUUCUGUUCUGUGCAACUGAAGAUUAAGCUACUAAUUGUUGCAAGAUGACUUGGAUUGUCAUUUGCUAUUUUCAUCUGCUUGGAAAUGUGCGUUUCAUGGGGGGAUCAAGCUGUGAAUAUCAAGGAGUCUGUCUAUACAGAGCCUUGCGAAAGUAUUCACCCCCCCUUGAACUUUUCAACCUCUUGCCACAUUUCAGGCUUCAAACAUAAAGAUAUAAAAUUCAAAUUUUUUGUAAAGAAUCAACAACAAGUGGGACACAAUCAUGA